GAAAAUGCAAUGGCCGCCAUCUUCGACUCUCGUGAAUGUUUUGAUCGUAGUUUCGGACUUUGAGGCCAAUUUUACAAGUGCUAUGCAAUUAUUUGACGGAAAUUGUUUCGCUACACUGUAGGAGUUAUUGUUACGUUCACGCACAGUCACAUGAAAUAAGGUCGGAGGCCGCAGUGGUCUCCUCGGCGUCAUCUCGGGCUUGACCCAAGAUGAUAAUAUUUACAGCAUGUCAGCUUCUCCAGACUUUGAUCCUGCUGCCCGGCAAGAUUACCGGCCGGCCACCUCCAGUGAAAAUGUGUAUGAACAUGUUAUGGAACAUAAAUUAGCAGAUAAUAUGAGUGUACCAAGCAUUAGAACUCCAGUUUUAAGGGCUCUGCCCCUUUCCCCCACCGAUGGUGACCCUGAACCUGAUUCUACUCACCCUGAAAGUAUUAUCCAGUCUGCACGCAGUAAUAUUGAUAAAGAAGUAGAAUACCACAUUACUGACAAGAGACGGGACACAGAGAUGUCUGUAGAUGCACUAUCCGGACUUGUAAGGAUUGAGGAAGGCCUUGAUAAUGUAGGACGCAUCACUUACCCUAUUAUUCAAGAUGGAGAUGACUCUGGUGAUGGCAACUAUGAAAACACAAGUGCCACUCUCAUCCAGGCUCCACUGAACACAGCAAUUGUUCAGAAUGUCGCAAAACUGCCACAGAACUUCACUAUAAAUGUAGAUGCCACUGUAAGCAACAUUACAGCUAUUCAAAAUGUAUCACAAGAUGUGGGCAAUCAGACUCUCUGGCUGCCUACUAUUCUCACUAGCGCUGCUCCUACCGACAGCAAAAGUGAAGAGGAGAGAUCACAAUCUGGUCUAUCACAGAUCAUUAUAACCAGUGAAAGCUAUGUCAAUGAUACAAAUCAAUUGGGAAGACGGACAAAUAUAGUAACGGAAACUAGCUAUGCGAGCCGACCCAAAUCAUCAAAAGUGCAAAUUUUGAGCAACAUAUCUAUCCCAAAGAACACAAGUUAUUCAUCACAGUAUAUAACCCAGGGCAAAGAGCUCGCCUCACCAGUGUAUGGCACUCAGAACCAUGUGUACAAGUUGAGCACUAAUGUGAUGUCACAAAAGCAUUUAAAUAAUUCAGUACUAUGCUCAAAGCCUCCAAAGAGUCAGUCUCUAAUCGGCUGUUCUACGUUGUCACCUCAAGUAAUCAGCAGCCCUAUUAAAAACGUUUCUUAUAGUCACACUUUCACAAAAAGCUCGAAUUUGAAAUCUCUGGGCAAAGUGAACAAUGGUGCUAACUUAAAUGCCGUGGUCGCGGCCUCGUCGGGCAACACGCAGUGCCAUAUACUAUCGCGGGUCGUCUCUGGCCCUAACAAGAUGUCCGUUCACUCGGGCAGAAAAUCUGUAAAUACUUUGAAACAGGCAAAAAAUUCCGGACAGCUCUCGGGACAGAAGAAUCAAUCGAGAGCUAUCAAGAUAAUACAGCAGGCAGGCACCGCGCAUAAAUCAGAGUCCAAGACUUGGCCUGUCGCUAGUGUGGCUACAUAUAAGAACCAGCAGCCGAUAUAUGGUGUAGUGGACUCAAACACAUCCAAGAUCAUACAGAAAGUGGGUAGUCCGACACAUAAGAGUCAUCAUCAGAUUCAAAAGUUGCCUUCUAAAGGGGAGAGGUUGGUUCUCCAAUCGCCCUGUGGGCCCGUGCUUAUAUCCACAGCGCCUAUAAGCACAAGUAUGCCGCGCGGGCCUCACUACGUCCAGUCUGGUGCCACGCCCAAUUUAAGAUAUGUACAGACAUAUACUCCGACAGACAAUCAGCUCUCUACUGUGUCUCAAGUGUCAGCGAACCAGCAACUGACUGCACAGAUAUUGCAAUCGCUAGCGCAGCCCAAGCUGAUGCUGCAUCCCAGUGCAAAUUCUCCACUUAUACCACCUCCUCAACCUGUGGAGGAACCUAUGGAGCCAAAACCGAUUAAUCAAAGGAGGAUUGUGUUCGGGGACAAGUCGACUCGUUUAACCGCGGACGAUAUAAUCGGCAGCGAGGAGCGGCCGAAUCUGUCGGAAGAAUUACAGCGGUACACCUUCCACGACCUGGCGCUCGUGAUGCUCGACCACACGUACGCGGCGCCCGGCCAGAAGCUGCCCGCGCCGCCCGCGCCCGCGCCGCCGCCGCCGCUGCCGCCCGCCGUCGCGUCGCCGCCGCCGCUGCCGACGCUGCCGACGCCUCCGAGCCCGGUGAAGAGGCACUCGCCGGUCAUCAUGUCCACCGCGCCUUACGAACCGCCGGCACCCCUGCUGGCGCCCAUUCCCGCCGCGCCGCCCCUGCCCCUGAGCGCUUUAACUUACAAGCCCCCGGCGAUUCAAGACGACGACACCGCCUCCGUCAUCUCGUCGAUCGACGGCGACCGUCGCCCCGCCGCCGGCGGCAGCGACACCGAAACCGCCCCUGAAGGCGAGGAGGAAGGAAAAACUCGAUGCGUCUGCGAGUUCACGCACGACGACGGAUACAUGAUCUGCUGCGACCGCUGCGGCGAAUGGCAGCACGUUGACUGCAUGGGUAUCGACCGGAACAACAUCCCCGAUGCCUACAUGUGUGAACUGUGCCAACCUCGAGCCGUUGACCGAAGGCACGCGCGAGCGAUCCAGCUGCGCAAGCGAGAGGAACUUAGCGCGCUUGGCGCUUCCGAUACGGACUCUUCAGAAAGCACCAGGGUGCCCGGAGCGCGUCGCAAGCGACUCCUCACUGUCACCACUUACACUGACACUAGCGGGUCUUGUGUCACCACGUAUAAUUCGGCCUCCCCUGCCGUGCCUACGCUACCACCGCUACCCCCGAUGCCGCAGCCGACCCUCAAUCUACCCAAACGCGGCCCUAAGCGCCCUAAGAAGGCCGAAGUUGUCAGAAAAGGCACCAAGAGAAAACUUACAGAAAAGAGGGUCAAACGCAAGAAGGAGAUGAUAAUGAACCGCAGCAAGUAUACCUCGAGCGUAUCCAGCCAAUCACACUGGGGAGAAUCAUUUGAGCAGGCUAUGACUAACCAUUACAGCCCUGAACUGAGGGCGAAAAUAAUGAAAUACAGCAGUAAACUAGGCAACACGCCGAACAUGUCAUCCGCUAUCACGGCGCAUUUGUGUACCACUGUGCCGCACGCGGGCGGCAAAAUCCUUAUUGCGACAAAAGACUUGAAAGAAAACACGCCAGUUAUAGAGCUUAGAGGGAAAUAUAUGCUGUCGAACCAGCACAGGCCGCAGUUACAGAAUUCAGCGCGUGCGGGCAGCCAGAAACCUGGGCCUUUCGUCUUCUUCUAUAGACUGCCUAAAGAUAACACGCAGAUCUGUAUCGAUACAAGAACAUAUGGCAAUGAAGCCCGGUUUGUUAGGAGAUCUUGCAAACCCAACGCGGAACUCCAACACUGCAUAAUCAAAGGCGCGCUACACGUCUACUUAUACACUAUUGGGACGAUCCCGUCGAAUACUGAAAUAACAGUCGGACACGACACUAACGGCAGCAAGCAGCCGUGCGCUUGUGGCAACCCUAAACACUGCAAGGUCAACGGUUUAAAUUCCUCGCUAGUUGCGAGGAAAAGCAUCGAUUACCCUCCAAGAGAAAAGAGGAGUAGGAAUAGGUGUUCCAGCUCAUCUUCCCCUGCGUCGCCACCGCUGGCACCCGUUCUAGCAUCCCCGGCUAAAGAAUACCCUUGCCCAGUAACACCCAUCAAAAUAGAAAAGAAAUCACCCAUAAAAUACGAAUACUCACCAAUGUCUCCCGUAAAAAGCGCCAUCAUGGCCCUCAACUUUGACCAGCCAAUGAAAACAGAGACCCCAGAAGAUAUCAAACCAGAAAUGGAUUUAACGGCCAAAGAGGAGAUGAAACCGGAGAUAGACGAGCCAGAUUACGUGAAAAUGGAGACUGAGGAGGAGAAACCGGUAGAACCGGUCCCAGAACCAGAGCCUCAACCUGAACCGGAACCGAUUAAGGCAGAACCGGAACCAAUCAAAGAGGAAGUGAAACCUCAAAAAGAAGAAACUAAGGUAGAGCCUGAAUCUAAUGAAGAACCUGUAAAACAAGAGGUGCCGAAAGAGGAAGUUAAAGAGGAAAUAAAGGAAGAGCCUAAAGAAGUUAAACAAGAGAGUCCAAAGAAGGAGACACCCAAAGUGGAAGAAAGAGAGCGUAGGACUAGACGAGAUGGACUCGACGAUGAAAGACCGGCUACAAGGGAAUAUACAGCCAAGUCGGCGUGCCACGACCGAUCGUCCAGGUCUAGUAGAAACACUUGUACGAACCAGGACUCUUUGGAUGAUAAAACUGAUGAUUCGCAGGACAAACUGCCGAACAAUAAGGACAAGGAUAAAAAGAAAAUGACCCGUGAGGAGCGUAAAAUGGAAGCCAUCAUGAAGGCGUUCGAACGCAUGGAGAAAGCGGAACAACGUAAACAGGAGGUGAAGGAACGGCAAAAGCGGAGGGAAUCCGAUCCUCAUCCAAAUGCGGUGGACAAGGAUGAUGAUGAUGACUUCCAGUGCAGCUCGAAAAAGAGGAAGAAACGCAAAGGGCGAGCCCGCACAACAUCGCAGUCCAACCGGCGGCGCCUGAACUCGGCCGACAGCGACCUGGUGACGUCGGGCGACGAGCCGCGCACGCCGCCGCGGCCCCAGCGCAGGGACAGCGCGCCGCACAACAACGAGGCCGACAGGAGGAACGAUCCCAUCAACGAAGAUCUCGGCCUAAGCUCAGCUUGUUUACUGGUAGAAGCCGCCGUCGGUUCAGUGGAAUCCGCCUUUAAACUGCCUAAAACUAAGAAAACUAUGGCCACGGAAUGGAUCGGCCGCUCGCCCGAGCGGACGCCGUCGCCCUACAGAUCUCCGUACAGACCGCCUUUGAUGUCCGCCACAUCUUUAGAGAGCCUCGUGAGAGUUGCCUCCACGAUGAUUGGCGAUUUAAGUGGUGCCCCAGAUUUCCAUGAGGAAGAUGCGACAUCCCCACCCAGAACCCCUGGCCGGGAUCGAAGCAGACCCCCGAAGAAGGCUAGGAGGAUUACUCGGAGCACCCCUCCCACUGAAGUCGUGGAAACGACGCCUACUGUGAUACCCCAGCAUAGUGCUAAGAAACGGUGGCUGAGACAGGCCAUCAGUGAAGAAAGCGACUCUCCUAACGCGGAUGCGUUUGUUGCAGAAUCUCCGCCUAACGAAAUAGUGACGCCAUUGAAGAAGCGACGGUUAGCAAGAGAAUCGCUAUCCUGCGAACCCAAUAAUAUUGUGCCUUGUCACGACGAGGUGUCACCUAAUUUAACGUCUGAGGAUUCUCCGGUGAAGGACGACGGCGGUCUGAUCCGACAGUACAACGUGCGCGGCAUCAUGGAGGGCGUGUACGGCCGCGACCGCACGCGCUCAGACAGCGGCCAAGGCUCCGACGACCAGUGCCACCCCGACCACGACGUGCUCAACGUCAACAUGGCCACCACCGACACUGAGCACAUCCGCCGCAUCAUUGGCGUGCCCACGCCCGAGGACGAGCUGCCCCCGCCGGCCAAGCCCGACUUCACCACCAACAACAACAACGUCGAACCCGACGACCCCAACUACGACAAGGUCGUCCCCAUGGACAUCGACACCACCGUCACCCCCCAACCUAAAUUAGAGAGUAGCGAACCCACCAACUGUGAUAUCAAAGGGUUGGACCUGCUCAAUGAUAAACAGAACAGUUCCCGAUCCGCAGAUACUAGUGGAAAUUCGUCCCCGCAGCGCGACGAGAUGGACGACAUACAGAAGAAGAUACACUCCUUCCACACCGAAAACAUUCUCUUCCUCAAGAGCAGAAACAAGAAACCUCCGAAAGAAAAGCGGAAGAAGGUCAAUCUGAACUUCGAUCUCAACAUGGUGGACGACCAAAUCAGUAUUCAAUUGCGCACAGAGAAGGAGAGUUCGAAGUCGCCGGAGAUUAAUGGUGACAUUCACGACGAUAUCAGCAAUUCGGCGUUACCGGCGCCCGAAAACAUACCUUUGCCCGACGAUCCGGGCCCGAUUCCUCCUCUAGAAGCGAUACCGUUACCGGAGGAGCCGAUGCGGCCUAUAAAGAAACAAUAUACGGGAAACAUGAAGAACUCCAAACUGGUGAUUAAUGGAGUUAUGCACGACUCGUACACGAUCGGGGACUCGAUGGCUCUGCCGGCGCCGGAGAACAUCCCCCUGCCGGAAGACCAGGGCCCGCUAUCUGUGAUACCGCCGCUGGAGACGAUUCCUCUGCCCGAGGAGCCGCGGCGGCCGCUCAAGGCCCGGGUCAAGCAGAUGAUGGAAAAAGAGGAGAAGGAAGCGUUAUCCAACGAUACAGACUCCAAGUCGUCCGAACUCAACGGGGAGGUGCAUUCCGAAGUGGAUUCUAUCCCUCUGCCGGACGACAUCCCUUCACUAGAGGCUAUCCCUCUGCCGGAGGAACCGAUGGAACCGGUGCGAGUGCCCGCGUCCCCCGCGAAACCUGAAGAAAAAUCCUUACCGGCGAAAGACAAACCCUCAGUUCUGGAGAGCCCGCUCCCCUUCUCGUCGAGGUUCAGCUCGACCGGCCUGUUCUCGGGGAUCUUCGGCAACUUCUCGCAGCCCUACGACGGGCCGGCGGCCGCGGACCCGGUGCCGUCUAUAAUAAAAAGUGCAAUAGAUAGGACUACAAGUUUAGACAAUAGUAUUAGUAUAUUCGACAAAGAUAGUAUUAGGGGUGUGGACGAACUGAAGAGCGUGCAGGAGAUAUUGACUCGCGUGAGCAACAUGGACUCGAAUAACAGUGUGCUGCUGUCGGGGGUGCUGCAGGGCUCGGGGUCGGUGGGGGGUGCGGGGGGGGCGGCGCACGGGCUGCCCGGGCCCGCCAAGCCCUUCGGCGCGCGCGCCACCGACCCGCGCCUCAACCCGCCGCCGCAGGACAAGCCCAAACCUGUCAGGAGGAAGCUCUCUAUCACCGAAUACCGCAAGCGGCACCGCGGGGCCCUGAACGAGGAGCCGCACCCGUCCGGCUCGGGCGAGGCGCACGGGCCGGAGUGGUCGUCCGAGUCCUCCGGGGCCUCGGGCGCCGGCUCGCUGUCGCCGCAGCGGCUCGACGCGGCCGCCGCCGCCGCCGCCGACGACUUGGAGCAGAGGCUGCACCGGGAGCUCGCUAAUGCGCAUUUGCCUAAAGUCGCACCUUCGGACAGCGGAGCGCUUACAGGAGUGUUCGACGCACAGCCGACGGCGUCCGAGCGGCAGCGGGAGAACCUCAGCUCGCGGCUGCGGCGCGAGUUCGGCCUCGCCCUGCCCGAGGACGAGCGACACGAGGCCACCACAGAGGGUGCGUCAGUGGUUCCUGCGCGGCGCUGCGACAGAUAGACCCGUAAGGCAUAUUUUUGUAAAUCUCACGGCGCAGGGCGCCGCUGUAUAGCUAAGUUAACGUACGUUUUGUAACGCGGGAGCGCCCGAGCGCUCAAACUGUAUAUUUCCGUUUCACUUCAGUGUUCUUUUCACGGUUUUUCUGCAAGUACAAAUUGUUUUUAUUUCCCUUUGUAAAUAUUGUACAUAGGAGAUGAAUUAAGAUAGGAUGUAGUGGUACAUAUGUAUAAUGGUAUAUUUUUUUUAUGUAUGUAUAACGUUUAUGUAUGUCGGAUAUAUUUAUUUAAUAGAAGGACCGUCUAUAGAAGGAUUGCUAGGAUUUUUGUACGCAUAAUGUUUAAGUAAAUUAUAGUUGUUUUUAUUAUUUGUUUUACUUUUUAGCGUGUAUAGAGCUAUGCGGGCUCCUCCUAAGUGUAGGUCUCGUUAGGGUAGCGUUUCCGGUGUAACGGUUAGUUUGGAUACCGAUUUCGUGUUAGCCAUUAUUAGAGGUUAAAUCUGUGUUAUAAUUUAAGUAAGCGCUUUGUUACUGCGUAGAUAAUGGCGGCUGCGGAAGCACUGACAGGCAAUCAUUCGUGUGCGAGGGACAGCCUACACAAGCUAUGAAUAUGAGACGUUAAAAAUCGAAAUCAAACUGAACUUUUCACACUAUUUGUACAGCAAGGACAAGAAAAUACGUAUAGAAAAGUUUGUACAAGUUGUAUGACAUUAUACGUCCCAUUUUGGUCACAUCGUUUCAUAUUCAAUGCAUCUAUGGUUCCGCAUCACAAAGUCGAGGCAGCUAACUCCGGUCCACACCCACGUUAUCGUUGGAAGUUAUUGCAAACGGCAAAAUAGUCAACAUGUCUACCAACAAGCUUCUGUUUAACGGUUGACUGGUAGAGAAUGGCUUUAAGUCUGCCAUUCGUAAAGAUGAAUGCAUCCCCUCAUAUAAGUUAGUAUUUGCGAGACUCACUAACUAGAAGAAUGACUGGCUAAAUUUAGCAAAACUUAUCUCGAGACGCACAAACUACUCGAGCACAGUUUUGUAGCAUAUCUCUAUUAAUGCGAAAGUAAUUCGCGUAUGUUUCUUUGUUACUUUACUAUGAAACUAUUUUUGAUGCUCAAGUACUCCGUUAGUGGGGGGGUGGACGUAGGCGCUACUUAUUUUAGGAAACCUACCCCACCCUCCUAGGAGGUAGGGGGGCUAAUAACAAACUGAACCCCACAAGGGCAGAGAGACAGACCCGAGAACAGCUAGUAGAAAAUAACCGUACCUUGAUUGGUAUUUGGCUAAUUUAGUCUAUUUAAAUAUGAAGCUUUAUUAAUAGCUACUAGCAUAUUGCGUUCAAAAGUUAGCUGUAAAUUGUUAAAACUUGUCACAUUUGAAGUUUACUCGUAUAGGGAACGUGCACGAACUGUAGGGGGCAGCACAGGAGCCCCCUGUUUAUUGGCGAGAAGUGUAAUUGCCAAGUUUAAGCUUCCAAUGUAGCCCACAAGAUGACAGAGCCUACAAUGCAUUAUAUGUCCGAUUCAGGCCACAAGACGGCAGAUCCAACGCGCAUGGCCCCUAUACACACAUGAUUCGACUAAGAAGCCGUACUGCAAUGAUUUGCAUCUAUAACUUCAAUACCUUUACUGCCAUAUUCAUGGAAUAUCAUGGCAUACACUUGAUCAGUAAAUUUUAGCCCUUAUUGUACACAAAACAAGGUGCAUGCUCGCAGUGAAUAAGAUUUAACAAUAGCUAGUAAAUAGAAUUUAUUCGUCUCAUCGAAGCGAUCGUAUAGUGGCCGAAUUAUAAAAGAGAGACAUACUGAGAUAGAGUGCUGAAGUGAAAAAACAUGCUGACGAAAUAGGUUUUUUUUGUAGUAUUUUUACAAAUACUAGCCAAUCUAUUGGAAAUUAUACGGACGGUCUUUGUAAAAUUGAAUAUUAGUAAGGCUUUAAUCUACUUGAUUACGUCUACAGUUCAUUUGAUUAAUUUAUGUAACGAAAAUUUGUCAUACAGGGUAACUUUCGUUACACAAUGAAAUUAAAUAAAUUGAAGACUAAUUAAAGUCAUACUUUUUACUCUAUCCUCGUGAAAAAUCGUCUAGUGAGAUCCUAUUUUGACAGCACGUUUUUGGGUUCAUUUUAGCAAUCUAUUUUAAAAUAAUGUUAGAUAACCUUGUCACAUCAGACUGGAAUCCCCGUAAGUACCAUGUCUAUACAACAUGAUGUUUUUAUCUUCGUGCAAUUAGGGGAACUCUGUAAAUAUGUCAUUGAGUGUUAAAAUAGCCAAUUAUAGACUAUAGAUACAAUUUUAAUUGAAUAAGCCGUGAUUUUAAAAUGAUUUUGUAAUUCUGUAGGAUAAUCGGUAAAAAUUUCAUGUUGUAUAUUAAGAUUAAGAUACGUCAAAUAAUAGAUAUGGAUCGGAUAUGUCAGUGUCAAAAGUGAGGUUUCUACAAACAAAAACGUCACUUUUGACACUUAUUUGACACUGACAUAUCCAAUGUAUGUCGUUUCCAUAUCUAUUAUUUGACGUAUCUUAAAGUUCGAAUAUGGCUGUGGGAAGCGGGCAUAGUAGAGUUCAUACAUUUGCAACUACUCAGUACUUUUCGUACCAAGACUGACUAAAAUAGCAAGACGCGUUCGUACGUUUCCGUGAAAAUGGGCGUUUUCAGAAAUAAAUAUUGAAAACCUGAUUCUUUCACAUCUGGACGUUCUUGGGCUCAUUCUACUCAGAAUCGACAGCAUUCUCCAUCCCACCAUUAAAAAAAGAUGUCCCAAAAUGUCCAUUCCAUUACGUCACGUUUUAGUAUGAAAAUUUUUUUCACUUGUAUGUACAUACGUGACGUAGUGGAAUGUACAAUUUUCAUACAAAUUUUUGGGACAUUUUAUUUUAUCAUCAGAAUUGAAUAUGCUAGUGAUUCUGAGUUGAAAGAACCCAAAAACACCGGGAUCUGUGAGAAUCGGGUUUUCGAUAUUUAUUUCUGAAAACGCCCAAAUACGAUAGAAAAUAAUGUAGCACUACAUCUGUAUUGACCUUAUUUCUUUAAAUAAGAAAGGACGUAACCGAAACUAUGCUCAUGCUUCCCCAAAACUCAUAUAAAUCACGCAGCUACAGUUUAGACAGCGAUUACAAUAUUCCCGAUAUCUCUGCUAUGAGAAGACAGACAUUUAUGCUUUCGCUUUAAGUCCAAUCAAAUCUAUUAUCUGAGCUCUCACAGAGUCUUAAGAACAGUAGAAGACAAAAUUUGUUCACAGUACAGUUUCCUAAUGAAACACUACUUAUGCUAAAAUUUAGACCUAGCUGGAUAAAAUUUAUUAACAAGAAGUACUCGUAAUUUAUACACCUUGCUGAAAUAAUUGUAUGGUAUAGGUUUUUAUAUGUAUGUAAUUAAUCUGGUCUAAACUAUGGCUGCGAGAUCCUCACUAUUCAUACAUACAUACAUACAUACAUACACUAUACAAUAAUCGCGACGACAACGAGUAAAUGUUGUGCGACACUAAACCCAGUGACUUACUUAUACGUUUGCAAAAUAUUUUAUUCGUUAAUAGGCUAAAACGUUGCAUUUACACACAAUUAAACACUUUAAUUAUAAAUCUGUAAGAAAGAAACUCAUACACAUAGGGGCUAUUCAUAAAUGACGUCAUUUCAAAUUAGGGGGGGGGUCUGGACAUCGGAUGACGGUAGCAUGAAGUAGGAGGAAAUGGGGUCAUUUGAAGCAUGGUUUUUGGAUGAUUAUAGGGAGGGGGGGUCAAAUAUCGUCAAAAAUCGAUGACGUAAUUUAUGGAUAGCCCCAUACAAGCAUGAACGCUGAAAACAACACCCUCUUUUUUCGGGCAGUCGUGUAAAAAAAUUAGGCAAAAACAGAGUUAUUAUUUCUUUAUUUACUGUCCUCGAAUGCAUUUAAAAAUCUCGCCCAUUGGGGACUCAUACCGGCUGCCAUUGUCAGGUAUUUCGCCCUACAACGCACUAUCAAUAGAUUGAUAACGCCAUCAUAGCAGAACCUCAGCAGAAUUGAUUUCAUUCAUUGUAACAUAGUAUGUAUUAUGAAAUUAGAUUUACGAGAUGAUUUGUGGCCUAAUAAACGUAAUAGACGAGCCAACGAGCGAUGAGGUUGCAAUUUAGUUAAGUUUACGUAGUGGUACAGGUGGUAAGACCAAUAUGCUACACACGCAGAAACUAUUUUUGGCGGUUCUAAAUCUGGAUAUUAUUUUCAAUAAUUAGGCACGUGUUGUCCUUUUUCGCAACGAGGUAAGAAAACCGGACAAGUGCGAAUCGGACUCGCCCAUCGAGGGUUCCGUACUUUUUAGUAUUUGUUGUUAAAGCGGCAACAGAAAUACAUAAUCUGUGAAAAUUUCAUCACGGUUCAUAAGUUACGGCCUGGUGACAGACAGACGGACGGACAUCCGGAGUCUUAGUAAUAAGGUCCCGUUUUUACCCUUUGACUACGGAACCCUAAAAAUCGUACCCCCAUGUCAUAUACUGUAUUAAGUAUUUCGAGUUAUGUUACUUCCUAGAAAUUGAAUUCUCUUCGGUCGUUUUGUGAUUUCAAUAAAAUAGAUACAUUUCAUAAAAAUUGAUAUUUAUAAAGCAGUUGCUCUUACCGCCUAAGUCUGUAUAAUAUAAAGUAGCAGCUACGUCUAAGCGCCCAGUUGUGUGACUCCAUCCCUCACAGUUGCUCAAUGACAAAACGUCUGCUUUUCGUGUUCGAUAAACUUAAGAUUUUCGUAUCCCCCUAAUCUGAAUGUUAGAGUAGUACCCGCGUUCCUGAUAGGCAGACUAGUUACGAAUGUGAAUUUAGUUUUAUCUUUAGGCCAGUGCUAUAUUCAAGGUGGUUACUAUUAGUCCCCAUUUUGGCCGCUAAAUACUGGUAAACAUCUUCAAUGUACAAUGUGCGUAAUAGUUUUCCAUCGUAUUUCCUCGGAAACGUUCGCACGUGUCACGCUGCUUCAGUCAACCUCAGUACUUUUUGUACCGAGACCGGCUGAAAUAGCAAGACGUGUUCGUACGUUUCCGUGAAAAUACGAUGGAAGAUAAUUAUGCACCACAUCAGUAAAUUCCGGUGAAAUUUUUUAGCAGAAAGAAAAAAGGGGAUAAAUAGGAAUAGCCAAUGAUUUCUCACAAAUACAGCAUUUAUAGAUGGCUGUCUAGUCUGUGCGCUUCCAGUGUUAUAUUUAGGCAUAUUAGUUAUUUUACUUAUUUUGUUUCGUAUAUUUAGUACACUACAAUAUUCAUCACAUUUUCUUCGUGUCAUAAUAUGCUGGAUAUUUCCAUAUUGGUUUAUGUAUUGUAUUGUAUCGCAUAUGAUAUGACCUUAAAUAUGUCCAAGUACUCAAUAAGAGUUCAUUAGAGCAACAAGUUAUAUUUUACUUUGUGCAAAAAGAUUAUGCAUAGGUAUUUGUGACAAGCGUGUAUCUGAAAGCGCACGGGCAUAGACAACAGUUCAACAGAGAACUGUAAGUUGUGUUAUAGGGUUAUUCAUUUAUUUUGAAGACACUGCAAUACCCGGUACUCGAACCCUAUGCUAUCACGCAGAAAUUUAUUUAAUUUUAGCUUACAAUAAAUGGACUAUAUCCCCCUAUUCUGUUUCGUUACACCGAUCCAUUUCAGGACUAGUUUUUAGCAUUGAAUAUUUGUCCCAAUGGAGUUAGUUUGCCAGUUUUCGUGGGCGACGCUAAGGCGCAACGGAAAUAUUAAUUGUGUUCAAUUUUAUGAUUAUUUAUAUUCUCACUUGGUUAUAAUUUAAGACGCUACCUUCGCAAAUCGCCUAGUGUCUCACUGGCUACUUAAUAUGUACUGCAAUUCAGUUUUAAUGCAUAAUUAUAUCUAAGUCGUUAUGUUGCAAUAUAUCACCUAAAAGUUACGAAUAUACAUUAUUUUAGCAACUUUCAAGAUGGAUUCGUAAAUAACAUUUGAUUUUAAUGCUUUAUAUUUUGUUUUGUGUAACGAAUUAUAGCUUUUUUUGGUGUAUGUUUUGUGAUACAAUCAAUUUUAGAUCAAUAAUCUAAAUAGGUAAAUUAUCCUUAGGUGAAAUGAGCUUGUAAAUAUUUCGAUCUGGUUGUUUAUUAGAUACAGCAUACUGCUUAAUAUUGUGUCUGACUGUUGAAGUGAAAUAACCACCAGUUUUUUAGUGGAAAGUAAAUGAAAAUGGUUAUUUUACGGUGUGGUUGAAAUUAAUUGUGCUGAACGUUACUCGUUACACGUUAGCCAACGUAGUCAAGAUGACAAUAGCACAUCGACAAACGUCAAAUGAAUAGAUAAUGUACGAAAAUUCACGUGACUUUUUCAUACAUUAUUCAAGUUUCGUAUGGCGUUUUCUAUUUACGAUUGUCAUCUUCUCGUCUCGGCCUGUGCUUAGUUAAAAACAUAUUUCUAAUUGUAUUGGCAAUUAAUUUCAACUACCUUCACACGUCCAAACUGUGAACUGUCACUUGUAAAGUGAUUUUAUCACUUAUCAGUAUUGUGCGAGACGGUGAGGUUGUAUUAUAAGAGGCCGUCCGCCGAGGACCGUCGCAUAAUCAACACGUAGAGUUUAGAUAGUAUGUUUGUGAUAAUCACAGAAGCUGUCAUCUGUAAAGGCUUUAUGUACAUAGUAGCGGGUAAUAUGUAAGUGAAAAGCUAUAUUUUGUUAUUGUAAAACGAAAAGCGCCCUCUAGUUUGCCAUACCGCAAUCCUUUUGUGCUCCUAGCCCGUACCGUUUCUGUAGCGUGUUGCGAUUAACAAUGGAAUAUUUUGCAAUAUAUUAAUAUAAUUUUUUUUAUUCACUAAGUGAUCGUAAAAUAGAGCUGUAUAUUAUCCAGAUGUUAAAUAUUAUUAUUUCUUUCUUAAUGUUUGAACUAAGCAUGUAAAAUUUAAAAUAAUAAUAUAGAAUAAAAGAUGUUAUGAUAAUUAAUUACAUAAAAUCUUCGUUUGAA